CAUACCAAACCCGUGACUCACUCACACACUCAUACAACACUACUUUAGUGUUGCAGAGUAGAACCUUCACUCUGCUCUCACUGAAAUCCCCCUCCUCUUUUUGUUUCUUCUAAAAUUUGUAGCAAAAUGUCUGUGUUCUUGGGUUGGUUUCUUGGUCUUGUGUUGAUGGUGGUGGUGGCUGUGGCUGAAUCUGCCAAGUUUGAUGAACUCUUCCAGCCAAACUGGGCUUUUGACCAUUUCAUCUAUGAAGGAGACCUUCUCAAACUCAAACUUGAUAACUCUUCUGGUGCUGGCUUUGGGUCCAAAAACAAGUACAUGUUUGGAAAAGUAUCCAUCCAGCUCAAGCUUGUUCAAGGGGACUCUGCUGGAACUGUUACUGCUUUCUAUAUGUCAUCGGAGGGUGUAAACCACAACGAGUUUGAUUUUGAGUUCCUAGGCAACACCACAGGGGAACCUUACUCGGUGCAAACCAACGUGUAUGUGAAUGGAGUGGGUAACAGGGAACAGAGGCUAGACCUCUGGUAUGACCCCACCAAGGACUUUCAUACUUACACUAUCUUCUGGAAUCAACGUCAAGUUGUAUUUCUAGUGGAUGAAACACCAAUAAGGGUGCACACAAACAUGGAACACAGGGGGAUUCCUUUUCCAAAGGACCAACCAAUGGGAGUGUACAGCUCCAUAUGGAAUGCAGAUGAUUGGGCCACACAGGGUGGUCGAGUGAAGACAGAUUGGAGCCACGCCCCUUUCAUUGCCACCUACAAGUCCUUUGAGAUCAAUGCCUGUGAGUGUCCUGUGUCCUCAGUGGCAGCAGUGGAUAAUGCCAAGAGGUGCAGCAGCAGUGAGGAGAAGAAGUUCUGGUGGGAUGAGCCUACGUUGUCUGAGCUCAGCUUGCAUCAGAGUCACCAGCUUAUGUGGGUUAAGGCCAGGCAUAUGGUCUAUGAUUACUGUACUGACAUUUCUAGGUACCCUGUUACCCCUGCUGAGUGUGUUCAUCACCAUCACUAGUAGUGAGGGGAAAACUGGGUAAACUGGGUAAUUAGGGGGGAAAUGGUGAAUGAAUGGUGUUAUUAUGUUGUGAAUGAAUGAAUCAUGUCCCUCAUGGUUCAGAUUGUAAGAUAAUUGUGUCCCAUGAUGUGAAAUAUAAUGUGAAUUAAUCAAAUUUUAUCUUAUGUUGUCUCA